ACUUCAGUGAACUGACUAUGGAGUUUGGAUAUUGUAAGGCAGCAGUCAGCAAGACUCUAACCAUGAUUGCUCUACACGUGGUUCUCCUUUGUGUCUUUGCUGCUGCAGAAGAUGAAGCAAACGUGAUCAGUUUUCAAGCAGAAAGAGAACUAAUACCUGUUGGUCAACCAAUGAGCUAUACCUGCAAAGUGAAGGGUUGUGCAGUGUGGGAGUUUGGUACUUAUUACUUCAACACAGCCUCCAGCGACUUUGCGGGAAAUAGAAGCAAUGUAAUUGAUGGAGUGAACAUAACUGACUCUACUGACGCCAGUGGCAACGGCAAUCAUCUCUCCAAAUUAUUUCUUUCCUCGUCCAUUGUCCAAAGUCUGAAUGAUACAGACAUGGCCUGUGGUGCAACAACAAGUCUAACCAUAAGACCAAUUGGAUACGAGCAGUUUAAAGUUAAAGUUUUUAGUUCUCCCACUUCCCCUGGCAAUGUGAGAGUGGUGUCAGAGAGGCAGAAAGAGGUCACUCUGGCGUGGGAACCUUAGUUCCUGCCGUUCAACAUCUCGCAGUAUCACCUCGGAGCACAUUGAAGUGGUUUUACCUGCAUGU